AUGGCAUUGAAUUGGGCUAUGAUCGCUUCCGAUGGUAAAAGUCCGGUGCCUCUACCUGGGGAGAAGAUUAUUUUAGAGCAGGAUAAAGUUUCUCUUGUUUUUGAUAUGGGCGGUGGUUAUCCUGGUAAUGCAGGAACUUAUAAAGCCGACGGUGGCAUAUUUUUAACAAACCAACGCGUAAUAUUUAUUUCGCGACCAACUUUACAACACUUUAAAUCUCUGAGCGUACCCCUUCUGAAUAUGAAAGAAGGCAAGCUUCAACAACCUUGGUUCGGGGCAAAUUAUUAUCAAGCUAUUGUGACUCCAGUUCCUAAUGGUGGACUCCCAGCUCCCGGACAAUUAAAAGUUACCUUCAAAGAAGGAGGUGGAUUUGAAUUCAGCUCACAUUAUAACAGUUUGAUGUUAAGAUUGUUUGAGAAUGAAGGGUCUUUAGUGGAGCAUACUGAACCAUUGCCAACUUAUACACCACGUCAAGUAAAUUCAUCAGCCUCACACUCGUCAUCAGGUGCAAUAUCUUCCGAUGUUUUAUCACCAGAGGUUCCUCUCAUUAACACUGAGCAAGCUGCUGGUGCCACAACUUCUCGUAAUAAUUCUACUACUACUGAAGUCAGACCACCACCAGUAGCUCCAGAUGAACUACCACCUUCCUACGAUGAAGUCAUAACGAGAUAA